AGGAAAGCUUAAAUCUGGUCGGUACUGAGGGGUAAAUUAAUAUUGCAUCACACUCAAGACUUAGGGGCAGUAGUGGAAAGAGAGAGAGGGAGAUAUAAGAUGACGUCUCUUCCGUCUUAAAGAUUGGACCUUUGGUUCGUCGGAUGUCACUUAAGCUUCGUCGCUGGUUCAUUGUCUCUGUUGACCUCGUCUUGUCAACGUCAAUGAUCAUGUUUGGUGAAUAUAUCAUUCUGGCUGCUGCUGCUUUCUCGCGGGCCAUUGCUCUACCUAAUCGUGGACAUGGAAGCCAUCCUGGGAUGGGAUCGUGCCCACCUUUUGGGGGAACUUUCACGAUUGAUCAAUAUCAACUGUAUCCUGAGAAUGCAGACUUUGACUUUGACUCGUGUCUACUCUACACUGGAAACCUCUUCAACUCAUCCGUUGGCGUCUACGACCCCUACAAAAACAAAAUCGUCGACAUCAUCGAGUUCCCCGGCAUCUCACACAACCCAGAGUACCACGUCGGCGGCGUCGGGAUCGACAAACGCACCGGCCUCCUCUCCAUAGUCGUCGACGCCGCAGCUGCUUUCUCAACCACGCCACCAGACGUAUCCGGCACAAACCUUAUCCUGCUCUUAGACCCCUCAACAAAAGAACUCAUCUACAAGAUCAACCUAACGGACACCACACACGGGAAGUACGGCGGGUUCCAAGACGUUGAGCAAGAUCCUGAUGGAAGAGUUUAUGUAGUGGGUACAUUCCCCGGAAGUAUUUUACGCGUGGAUAAGAAGAGGGGGAAGAGAGACCCGAAAGUCAAGCCUUGGUAUGUUUCUCAACCAAUUGAUACAACCCGCACCGGUCUCAGCGGCCUCGCCUCAAAGGACUGGACUCUUAUCUCAAACGACAACAAUGGCGGUCGUCUCCUAAAUUUCAACAUGCGUCUCCCCACUGGCAUUCCCACAGUCGUGCCCCUCACCCCAGCCUACAAUAUCUCUUUUAGCGAUGCCAUCUACCUGCCUCCUAAAUACGGCGGUACUGUCUUACUGGUUGCUGAAGAUGGAGUAGGAAUCACGGUGUUGAGGAGUAAAGACGGGAAGUGGAAUGCGGCGGAGUGUCUUGGGACGGUGCCGAAGAAUCAGUAUGUGACGGAUGAUAUAUUUUCGACGGCCGCAGUGCAAGUGGGGAGUUCGGUGUAUAUGGUUGUGACGACGUUUGCGGAUCCGAUUGUGCCUGGGACGUUGGCGGGGAGUAGGAGGGAGUUUCCGUUUUAUGAUAUUACUGCGCAGGUGGAGAGGUUUUUGGGGCUUGAUACAUUGAAAUACGAGUAGAACUUCGACUUAUGGAUUGGAGGGCCUUAUGAUGCAGCUAUGAAUGCAUAUACAAUACAGUGUCGCGAAGGAGGAGCUAUGCCUUGGUUUACUUCCAUGUCAGAAUGUCAUAUUCUACUGCCAGUAUUCAAAGUGCCGGCGUACGGAAAACCUCCAAGUGGUGAACAAUCCAGAAUUCUCAUUCCA